AUACGUUCUGUAACAACAACACGAUGGGCAUCAAUACGUUCUGUAACAACAACAUGAUGGGCAUCAAUACGUUCUGUAACAACAACAUGAUGGGCAUCAAUACGUUCUGAUGGCUCUGUGAGUGUCAAUUAAAAAUGGUCCUUUCAGGCAGAACAUGGCUAUGCAUCAGUCAAACGCCUAAAAUUGAACUUUGUGUUUUUUUUUUUUUUUUGCCUGUCGUUGAUUUUCCCAUUUACAAUAGUCUAUGAAAACAUGAGUUUAUUUGCAACCCGAAGUAAGGACUUGAUGUCACGACGUCCCAUUGAAACGCUCCUCUCCUUUCUCUCUCUCUCUCCAGAGGCAGAGCAUGGCUAUGCAUCACUGUUGCCCUUCUACUGUCCAGGGGACUCUGAGAAGAAGAGUAAGCAGAAGAACAAGAAGCUGCAGGCUGCCGGUAGUAACAGGACAGUCCAUAAUGAGUUGGAGAAGCACAGACGUGCUCAGUUGAGACACCACCUGGAACAGUUGAAGCAGCAGGUUCCUCAGGUGUCUGACUCCAUGAGAAACACCACCCUGAACCUGCUGAGACGGGCUCAGACACACAUCAAGAAGCUGCAGGAUCAGGAUGAACGUGCGGAGCAGUUGAAGGGUCGUCUGCGUUGGGAGCAGAGAGAGCUGAGGGUGAGGUUAGAGCAGCUCCAGGGACAUGGAGGACCUGGGGGUCUGACUGGUCUGGGCCCUGGGGGUCAGGGAGGAGCUGGAGCGGUCUCAGAGAGGAUGAGGAACGACAGCCUGGGCUCAGCAGCCAUGUCCUCUUCAGAGAGAUCUGACUCUGACAGAGAAGACGUGGAGGUUGAUGUGGAGAGCAUAGUGUUUGACUGUCUGGACUCUGAUGGACUGGGGACGGUCCCUCACACAGGCACAGAUCACUGUUACUCCAGCAGCCCCAUCUGGGCUGGGCUAUGACCUACCUAUCACUGCAUACACACGCCUCUGGGAGGGACACACACGCCUCUGGGAGGGACACACACGCCUCUGGGAGGGACACAACGGCGUCCUACGUCGGACUUUAAAGGGACGAGCGUUGGAGUGAGGUCACCUGACGUAAGACGCCGGGGACACAAAGGAGGAAAAACAUUCCAAAUAAGACAAAGGACAAAAAAAUAAGGAAAGAAGAGAAUGAGGAACAACCUCAACAUUACUGAACAGAACAGGAGGAACAACCUCAAUAUUACUGAACAGGAGGAACAACCUCAACAUUACUGAACAGGACAGGAGGAACAACCUCAAUAUUACUGAACAGGACAGGAGGAACAACCUCAAUAUUACUGAACAGGAGGAACAACCUCAAUAUUACUGAACAGGACAGGAGGAACAACCUCAACAUUACUGAACAGGAGGAACAACCUCAAUAUUACUGAACAGGACAGGAGGAACAACCUCAAUAUUACUGAACAGAACAGGAGGAACAACCUCAACAUUACUGAACAGAACAGGAGGAACAACCUCAAUAUUACUGAACAGGACAGGAGGAACAACCUCAACAUUACUGAACAGGAGGAACAACCUCAACAUUACUGAACAGGACAGGAGGAACAACCUCAACAUUACUGAACAGGAGGAACAAACCUCAACAUUACUGAACAGGACAGGAGGAACAACCUCAACAUUACUGAACAGGAGGAACAACCUCAACAUUACUGAACAGGAGGAACAACCUCAACAUUACUGAACAGGAAGAACAACCUCAACAUUACUGAACAGGACAGGAGGAACAACCUCAACAUUACUGAACAGGAGGAACAACCUCAACAUUACUGAACAGGACAGGAGGAACAACCUCAACAUUACUGAACAGGACAGGAGGAACCACCUCAACAUUACUGAGGACAGGAAGAACAACCUCAACAUUACUGAACAGGAAGAACAACCUCAACAUUACUGAACAGGACAGGAGGAACCACCUCAACAUUACUGAACAGGACAGGAGGAACAACCUCAACAUUACUGAACAGGACAGGAAGAACAACCUCAACAUUACUGAACAGGACAGGAGGAACAACCUCAACAUUACUGAACAGGACAGGAGGAACCACCUCAACAUUA